CCUGCCCAGAUUAAGCGGGAGGCGUGCCGGGCGUCUGCACUCCGGAGGCCCGGCGAGCUCCCGGCUCCAGCGCCCGUGCGUCUGGCUGCCUUCCCUUCUCCAGCCCACCUCCAACUUGCGGCCGCUAGACUUGGCCGUGAGACUCUAGUGAGGAGGCUGCCGGGUCGCGGGUGGAUUCGGGCUAGGCAGAGCCGAGGGGUGCUCGCGGACUGAGAGGCGUCCCCCAGGUAAGUCGCCCACAAGCUGGCAAUCUGCGGCCCAAGGACCUGCCUGGGAGAGCAAGUGGAGCAGUCUAGACACUACAAGGGCCCUGAAGAUAAGCCUGUGGGUUAUAAAAACAGCAGCAGCCCUGUUGUCCUAAGAUUUUAACCCAAGACACAGAACUUAACCUGCCAGGGAGUCUUCCAGAAGAGAAGAGAGGCCUGGCAGAAGUUUCUAGUCCCUAGACUGGCCUGCAAAGCCCCUGUGCACAUGGUGUCUUUCAGAUGGACCAAGCCCUUGGUCACAGAUCCUGGGUACCUUAUACUUAUUCUCUUUUCUGUACAACAUGUAUAUGGAGGUGGAAAGAAAUACAUCGGUCCUUGUGGAGGAAGAGAUUGCUCCAUUUGCCAGUGCUUUCCUGAUAAGGGUUCUCGGGGUCAACCAGGACCACUAGGGCCACAGGGUCCAAUAGGGCCCUUGGGGCCCCCUGGGCCCAUUGGGAUUCCAGGAGAGAAAGGACUGAGAGGUGACAUUGGCCUUCCAGGAGCAGCAGGGGAGAAAGGAGAUAAGGGUCCAACUGGUGUUCCUGGAUUUUCAGGUUUGGAUGGUGUACCUGGUCACCCAGGGCCUCCUGGAUCCAGAGGCAAACCUGGCUUGAAUGGCUACAAUGGCUCAAGAGGUGAUCCAGGGUUUCCAGGACACAGAGGAGCUCCUGGCUUGGGAGGCCCCCCAGGCCUUCCUGGAGAAUAUGGAGAAAAAGGAGAUUCAGUGUUCAUUUUAGGUAUCAUUAAAGGUAUUCAGGGAGACAGAGGGGACCCAGGACCACCUGGCUUACCAGGACCUAGGGGUACAAGAGGACCAGCCGGCCCCAUGGGAUAUCCUGGAGCACCAGGGUUAGUGGGACUUCCGGGCCAUCCUGGGAAUCCAGGUUUGAAGGGCAAUCCUGGUGUAGGAGUGAAAGGUCAGAUGGGAGACCCGGGUGAGGUUGGCCAGCAAGGUUUUCCUGGACCCACCUUAUUGAUAGAGCCCCCUGAUUCUAGUCUCUACAAAGGAGAGAAGGGUAUAAAAGGAAUUCAUGGGAUGACUGGAUUGCCGGGACCACCAGGACAUAAGGGAGAGCCUGGUAUUGGUGAAAAAGGAGAGAAGGGUAUUCCUGGAUUCCCAGGACCUCGGGGUGACCCUGGUUCCUACGGAUCUCCAGGUUUUCCAGGAUUAAAGGGAGAACAAGGACCGGUUGGAGAUCCUGGGCUGUUUGGAUUUCUUGGCCCAAAAGGGGAUCCUGGAGACCGUGGGUACCCUGGACCACCAGGUGUUUUGGUAACUCCAUCUCUUCCACUCAAAGGUCCUCCAGGGGACCCAGGGUUCCCUGGCCGCUAUGGAGAAAUGGGGGCUGUUGGACCACCGGGUCCCCCAGGUCACCCUGGCAGACCAGGAGACACUUGUCCAGGCAUGGUGGGACCCCCUGGGCCACCAGGGUUUCCUGGUCCUCCAGGGUUUCCUGGGCUAGCCGGUAUUCCUGGGAGACCCGACUCUGCCCCAGGAAAGCCGGGGAGGCCAGGACUACCUGGCCAGGCUGGAGCUCCAGGGCUGCAGGGACGCCCAGGAUCAGAUGCGAUAUAUUGUAGUGCUGGGCACCCGGGACCACCAGGAAUAAAGGGCAAAGUAGGUCCCCCAGGAGGAAGAGGCUCAAAAGGAGAAAAAGGAAAUGAAGGACUCUGUGCCUGCCAACCUGGUCCUGUGGGCCCGCCUGGCCCUCCAGGACUUCCUGGGAGGCAAGGGAGUAAAGGAGACUUAGGACUGCCUGGCUUUCUUGGAGAAAGAGGUGACCCAGGCCCUCCUGGUCCUGAAGGAUCUCCAGGGCCACCAGGAAAACCUGGUGCUUCGGGACGCCCUGGUGACAAAGGAGCCAAAGGUGACAUGGUUGUAUCCAGAGUUAAAGGGCACAAAGGAGAAAGAGGACCUGAUGGGCCCCCAGGGUUUCCAGGAGAGCACGGGCAACAUGGUCAGGAUGGACAUGCUGGAGAAAAGGGGGAUCCGGGACCCCAGGGGGAUCAUGAAGAUGCAGCCCCAGGUGGUAAAGGUUUUCCUGGACUACCAGGCUCCCCUGGGAAAGCAGGACCUGUGGGGCCUCCAGGACUGGGAUUUCCUGGUCCACCGGGAGAGAGAGGUCCACCAGGAGUUCCAGGCCACCCAGGUCUGAGGGGGCCCUCUGGCUUGAAGGGGCAGAAAGGUGACACCAUCCUUUGUAAUGUAACCUAUCCUGGGAGGCCCGGCUCUCCAGGUUCUGAUGGACCUCCAGGUCCGAAGGGAUUUCCAGGUCCUCUGGGGGCUCCUGGACCAAGGUGUCCGGAUGGGCAGAAAGGCCAAAGGGGCAAACCAGGAAUACCAGAAAUACCAGGUCCACCUGGUUUUCGUGGUGACAUGGGUGAUCCAGGCUUGGGAGGUGAAAAGGGAUCCUCCCUUAUUGGGCCCCCGGGCCUUCCUGGGCCACCUGGAGUGAAAGGUCAGAAAGGAAUCCCCGGAGAUCCUGCAUUUGGCCCCCCAGGACCCCCUGGAGACAGAGGUCUUUCAGGAGUUCCAGGGAUGAAAGGACCCAAAGGCCAACCUGGAUGCCCAGGGGCAGAAGGGGUAGCUGGUGUUCCUGGACUCCCAGGUCUGAAAGGUCCCAAAGGCAGAGGAGGAAUUUCUGGAUUUCCAGGUAUCCCAGGGGAGCCUGGUCAUUCCUGUGAGAGAGGUGCACCAGGAAUCCCAGGCCAACCAGGACUCCCUGGGGCUCCAGGUAGUCCAGGUGCCCCAGGUUGGAAAGGGCAGCAAGGAGAUAUGGGGCCUCCUGGGCCAGCUGGAAUGAAGGGCCUCCCUGGGCUCCCAGGAUUGCCAGGGGCAGGUGGACUCCCAGGACCUCCAGGAAUCCCAGGACCCUUUGGGGAAGAUGGGCUGCCUGGUCUUCCAGGCCCAAAGGGACCCCAGGGGCUGCCUGGCUUCGCAGGUUUUCCCGGAGAGAGAGGAAAGCCAGGUCCAGAAGGACAACGUGGCAGAAAGGGAGAGACUGGAGCCAAGGGCUGGCCUGGCUUCCCAGGAGAGCAGGGGGCAAGAGGUGUCAAAGGAGCAAGAGGACCUCCUGGAAAUGAAGGAGAGAUGGCCAUCAUUUCCAAGAAGGGGAAACCUGGGGAAGCUGGGCCUCCUGGGGACAAUGGCUUCCCAGGAGAGAGAGGUGAUACAGGAAGUCCUGGAAUGCAAGGGAGAAGAGGAGAGCCAGGAAGACAUGGCCCACCUGGAUUCCACAGAGGGGAGCCUGGUCGAAAUGGGCAGCAUGGGCUUCCUGGACCCCCUGGUCCUCCAGGAUCACCUGGCCUAAGAGGGAUCAUUGGCUUUCCAGGGUUUCCAGGAGACCAGGGUGAUCCGGGUUAUCCAGGCCCCCCUGGAUUUUCAGGAAUUGAUGGAGCAAGAGGACCUAAAGGAAGCAAAGGUGAGCCUGCCAGCCAGCGUGGCCCACCUGGUCCUAAGGGUGACCCAGGCAGCCCUGGAUGUCAAGGACAUGUUGGAGCCCCUGGAGAUCGAGGCCUGCCUGGAGUUCAAGGACUGAAAGGACCAUCAGGAAAGCCAGGCCUGCCUGGCUCGUUGGGACCACCAGGGUGUCCAGGUGAUCAGGGGAUGCCUGGGCAGAAGGGCCAUCCAGGAGAAAUGGGAGAGCCUGGGUCCACAGGUCUCCGGGGGGAUCCAGGGCUACCAGGACCUCCAGGAAUAAAAGGUCCUUCGGGGUCUCCUGGCCUGGACGGCUUGCAUGGUUUGAAGGGUCAGAAAGGAAGCAAAGGUGCCUCAGGUUUACAUGAAAUGGGCCCACCCGGUCCAGUGGGACUCCCUGGGCUAAAAGGGGAGACAGGAGACCCUGGAAGCCCAGGAAUUUCUCCUCCUGGCCUUUUUGGUGAAAAAGGUCUCCCAGGUCCCCCAGGGAGACCCGGACCACCUGGUCCAGCAGGCGUUCCAGGAAGACCUCCUAAGGGUGACAUUCCUGACCCAGGUCCACCUGGAGAUCAGGGACCUCCUGGCCCUGAUGGUGCAAGAGGAGCACCAGGGCCUCCAGGACCUCCUGGGAGUGUUGACUGCCUGAGAGGGGAACCAGGUGACUGUGGUCUGCCAGGGCCACCGGGGCCACCAGGUCCCCCAGGCCCUCCAGGGUGCCAGGGUGUUCCAGGAUGUGAUGGAAAAGAUGGCCAAAAAGGACCAAUGGGGUUUCCAGGGCCUCCAGGGCCACCUGGUCUUCUGGGGCCACCUGGAGAGAAGGGUUUACCUGGACCUCCAGGUAGAAAAGGGCCCACAGGUCCUCCAGGUCCCAGAGGUGAACCAGGGCCACCUGCAGAUGUGGAUGCCUGUCCCCGGAUCCCAGGGCUUCCUGGAGUGCCAGGCACAAGAGGACCAGAAGGAGCUGUGGGGCUCCCAGGACAGAGAGGCCCCCCAGGACUAGGGUGCAAAGGAGAACCUGGACUGGAUGGCAGGAGGGGCAAUGAUGGUGUCCCUGGGCCUCCUGGACCUCCUGGACACAAAGGUGAUGCUGGAGAGGCUGGUUGCCCUGGAGCCCCAGGCCCUCCUGGUUCCCCUGGUGAUCCUGGGCCCAGAGGAGUUGGCCCUGGAUACCUCAGUGGCUUCCUCCUAGUACUCCACAGUCAGACAGCUCAAGAACCCUCCUGCCCUGUGGGCAUGCCCCAGCUCUGGACCGGGUAUAGUCUGUUAUACCUGGAAGGCCAAGAGAAAGCUCACAAUCAAGACCUUGGUCUGGCGGGGUCUUGCCUUCCGAUGUUUAGCACCCUGCCCUUUGCCUACUGCAACAUCCACCAAGUGUGCCACUACGCCCGGAGGAACGACAAGUCCUACUGGCUAGCCAGCGCAGCGCCCCUCCCCAUGAUGCCCCUCGCAGAGGAGGACAUCCGCCCGUACAUCAGCCGCUGUGCCGUGUGCGAGGCCCCCGCACAGGCGGUGGCGGUGCACAGCCAGGAUCAGACCAUCCCCCCGUGUCCACGGGCCUGGAGGAGCCUCUGGAUCGGGUACUCCUUCCUGAUGAUGAAAAAUUCAGGCUUAAAGAUUGGAAGUCACUUUCCAGACCCCAAGGUGGACCCUGGUGGGGUCAAGACUCAAGCUUAGACCAGUGUCUAUUGUGCCUCAGACACAGGAGCCAAUCCAGGAGACCACAGCACACUUGGUUAAAAUGUUUCCUUAGUCUCUCUUGUCUGUGGCAGUUUCUCAGUCUUUUGCUUGUCUCCCUGACUUUGACAGCCUUGAACAGAGUAGCCAGACAUCCUGUAGACAGCCCGUCAGUUACGUUUGUCUGAAGUUCAUCCUUAUGACUAGACUAGAGUGUGAGUCUUGGUGAAGUGCCUUCUCAUCACCCAUCAUAGGUCCAUGCUAUCAACAUGACUUUUCAAUGUUAAAUUUGAACCCCUGCCUUAAGGGGUGUUUUGGCCAGGUUUCUCCACUUUUAAUUUUUUUUUUUUUUAAUGAGUUCCAAGACAAUAAAGCUUUGAACUUUGCCAGUUGAGCCCAGGGGUAAAAUGGAAGCAGUGGGGUAGGUUUCUCCAGCAGCUUUGUCAGCUGAUCAUCUUCUGUGUGAGCUAUGUUGGAUAUAAUGAGUGGAGUCAGUCCUCCCCUGCAUCGGGCUCCAGAUUCCUCAAUUCCAGGGUAAGUAGUCCUCUAACACUGGUCUGACACUAUGUUGCCAGAGGGGGUAGGAAACAGUUUCUGAUUUGAUUACUACAGAGUCACUGUAUUUUUACACCACCCUUUGAGAACCCGAACUACAACAGCUCAGAUUUCUCUUUUAACUGAAAAUAUCCCCCACAGGUUUCAUUCCCGUAUUUGCAUUUGCCAGCAGGUGGAACCAGAAGCCUAUGACACUGAAAAGGCUGAAGAAAACUAGGACAAAUUCCAGUCAACAAAGCAUUCCGCAUUGUAAGCAGAAUUAGGGUUAUUUUGAAACAGAUGGGCUCUACAGAAGCUGCUGCACUGAAUAUUAUGGAGUUGUUUAUUGUCUAGAUGGUCUGAAACCCAGGGACCAUUUGCCAGCAUCUAGCAGUUUCUGUGUCAUAUCAGAAUUCUUCCUGAGCAGAGGAAACUGACAAGGUAUUGGGAGAGAGAAAGACAUGAAUACGAAUAUAGACACUUCAACAAGUUCUAAAUGCACAAUGUCCUGUUGCUACUGUGCACACUACCUUGUGUCACUGUGUGCUUUUAUAGGGGUGAUAUGUAGCCCCCUCUCCACUCUAACUCCAAAUCAGAAGAUAAACAUACAAUCUGUGGCAACAAGACAAUCAAUCCUGGAUGCAGUAAUAUGAAAAAUGAUUUAUUUUAAGCCUAAUCAAAGUGGUUCUGUUUACUGGUUCACAUUUUCACAUAGACCCCUCUAUUUAUACUUGUCCCCAACCACCCCCCCCCUUUACUUCUGUUCCUUUUCUUUUUGUAACCCCAGCAAAAUAUCAGAAGGGAGGAAGGUAGAUAAAAGGAGGGUCUUGUAGCUCCCAUUCUAUGUCCAACUGCAGUGGCUGAGUGUGGACAGCUGUCUAAGGACCGUCAGAACUCGGCCUGACGUUUCUCUGGGGUUUCUCUGGCUUAACACUGGGAUAAUGUGCAAGAUGAGGACUUAUAAACAGAGUAUUCCAAAAGUCCUAGAAAUCUGCAAAGGAGUCUACCACUAAUGGUUUCUCUAGGAGAGUUUUUUUAUAAUUCCUUAGCCUAUGACCCCAGCUAGUUAGCUGCUGCUGUCCUGUCUAGUUGGUCUGGGAUCAAAGAGAUCACAAAGGCAUCUGCUACAGACUGAAGUUUGUGUCCAUCUCAAAUUUAUAUGCUGAAAUCCUAAUCUUCAAUGUAAUGGUAUUUGCAGGUGGGGCCCUCAGGUUAGGUGUAUAUGAGGUCAUAAGGUUGGCGUCUCCAUGAUGGUUAAUGUCCUUAUGAGGGAACAGAGAAACCAAAGCUUGCUCUGCCAUGUGAGGGUACAGUAAGAAGGCUAUAAUCCAGCAAAAGGGACUUCACCAGACCUCAAUUGUGAUAGCAUCUGGGAUUUCCAGCCUCCAGAACUUUGAGAAAUACAUUUCUGUUGUUUUGAUCACUCAGUCUGUGGUACUUUGUUAAAGCAGUCCAAACUGACUAAGAGCAUCUGUGAAGCUGGCAGCUCAGCAACUGGUGGUUCAGCAGCUUCUGGGCAGGCCCCCUGCAUCUGAGGGACAAGAGGAUGUGCUUCCCAGUAGAUAUGGACCUGUCCCAAGUGGUGGUUUCAUAAUUUCCAGGACAGCAGCAAUCUUCUUCCAAGUCUUAGGAUGCAUGGUUCACCCUCUUACUCGAGCAUGGGGAGGGGUCCUCUACUAGCAAACAACAAAAUUCCUAAACCAAUACUUUUGGCCCAAGCUCUCAAAGCCCUGGAGCAGAUGAAGGCUUAAAGAAGCAUUAGACCUAUUUUCUUCUCACUCCUUUCCACUUGAGUUUCAAACCAGAAAUGGCCCAAUUUCCAGCUCUUUAAGCAAGAGAUAAAGGAUACAUUUUCAUUGAAUUUUGAAAUUAAAUCACAGAUCAUUUAAAAUUAGCCAGUAUUUUCAUCAGAAACUUCACUUAAAACAUCUUUCAACUUUUGCGCACGGAAAAACGAAACAAAACAGUAUGAGUAAACAUUCUCAAGACAUUGAGGAAUAAGGAAAAAAGAUGGACAGCCAGUGGGAAGAGAACUUUGGAAAGGGACAAAAAGCCUCUUCUGCUGAAAGCAACCACCCCAAAGUGGUCAAGUCCAGGUCAAAGUGGAAAACUGUUAGAGAAACCAUGUGCCUGGAGAAUGAGAGCUGCUAGGCCUGGGAAUGAAAGGUGUCUUAGUCAGCUUUGUGUUGCUGUGACCAAAAGACCUGACAAGAGAAUCAUAAAGGAAGAAAAGGGCAUGGAGGAGAAAAGCGGCUCAGGACAUAGCAACAAGGAAGCCGGGAGAGCUCUGCUCACCAGGGACAAAAUAAAAACCCCAGAGUCACACCUGAAGUAACCUACCUCCUCCAGCCACACUGUGCCUACCUACAGUUACCACCGAGUUAAUCCAAAUCAGUGGAUUAAUCUGCUGAUUAGUUUAAAACUCUCAUAAUCUAAUCCGUUUUACCUCUGGAAAUUCUUGCGUUGUCUUGCACAUGGGCUUUUGGGGAAUAGUUUGUAUCUAAAUCAUAACAGAAGGGGAUUAAAGAGACCAGAGUUUGCUCUCUCCCAUGUGAGGACAGAGGCCCUGAGGCAAGUUGGGUGGAUUGACUAGCAGCAAAUAAAGUGAACCCUGAAAGAGGUCCUGCAGCUAUCUGAUGCCUCUUUUGAACGGCAUGUCUCAAAAGGCGAAAGACAAGAUACUAGAUCUAGCAUAGGGAUUCCCAAACUCACAUGAGGAAGUUUGGUAAGAGGCAGACUCAGGGUUCUAAGUUGGGAUUCCUAUGGUGGGACUUAGUUGUCAAUGGACCUUUAUUUAAUUAACUUGUUUAUAUAUAGUGCUGAGAAUUGAACCCAGCGCCUUAUACACGCUAGGUGAGCACUCUACCACUGAGCCAUGCCAGCUCCAGGAAUCUGCAUUUUUAACAGGCAUCUUAAAUGGCUAGGAUGCCACUGGCUCUUAGAUCCUAUUUUGAGAAACUUUGAUCAGAGGAAGGUCAUAUUGUUUCCUGGGGUUGUGUUGAGCUUUAACCAUCUGCACCAGUAUGGCAUUUGAUUUUGUAUAAGUAGGUUUAGGGUCACAUUUCCCAUGAACCAGAGACUCUGGUAGUUUCCUGUGUCAUCCAACCCUGGAUGAUACAGAUUUGAUACUUGAAAUAGUCUGAGAUAUGAGAUGUACUAUAUUCACCUAUGCUGAAUGCUGUUUUAAAGGCUUUAAAAAUUCAAAGUAUCUCAACUUUUCAAAUAGUAUUCACUUGAGUAGUGCAUAACUACAUGUCCAGAGGUACCGAUAUCAAUGCCUAAUUACAAAAAUAAUCCUUGACCUAGCAAAUUGUCCCUGAGAUUCUUAGUGGCCAAGGAGGACACAGUGGUUCAAAGUCCUCAUUAAGGCUGAAAGCCCCUUGUUGUCCCUCUCCUGCAGGUAUAACUCUGGCAAUUAGAGUAAGUCAUGACCAGCAGCACAGGCAGGGCUGAGGGCAUCAGGAGAGGGCUGCCCAGCCCAGCCCCACCAUAAGAAAGUAAAGCAACGUGAGGCCUGUGGUCAGCUCUGUGCUUGCCAGGCAGAAAGGGAAAGUGAGGGGAGGGAGGAGAGGAAGAAAAAAAAGGCAGAGGCACAAGGAGGUAGAAGAUAAGUGAAGGCCUGUGACUAUGCCACCAUGAAAUCUGUUAUUCUAUAUAAUUAAUAUACACUAAUAAAAACAAAAAAAAUAAGUAAAGGAAGAAUAGCAUACUUUUCAGAAAUAUGAUAUCUAUGACUUCUGAGUGUUAAGAGCUUAUAAAAUAACUUGGAGGUGAGGACAGCCCAACCUUUAUCCUUCCAGAGUGGAUAAUUCCAUGAGCUAAGUGGCCUAAGAGGCCAUCUGGACAAAUACACAAGCAAGCAAGAGCCUUGCUCUUUGCUUCUCAGAGCUAAAAAUGCUCACAUGGGUCAGUCAGCACAGAACCGUGAGGCUGGGAAGCCAGUUUCUAUGAUGUGAUGAACUAUCUUAGAAGCAAACGGUCAUUUAAAAAACAUGGUAGUUUCUAUAUUUGAAAGGUAUUUAAACUAUUCCUGAGCCUAAUUACCACCUUUUGCAUGUUUUUCUAGGUCUGAUUAACUCUUAUCUCCUGCCAGUCCUGGUCUGUGAUCCACUAGAGAAAGUAUGUUUAUGUGUGGGCAUGCGUGUGUGUACAUGUGUAUUUCUACAUGUCUGUGUGUAUGUAUGUGCUAAUCUACAAAGGCAAGGGGCAGCCCUGGGAAAGGAGCCCUCCCAGCCUUAGGAAGACCCCAGGGGCUUUCGCAGACCUUUUACACUUUUAAAAGAGCCUCUCUCCAAGUGUCUCAACUGAGUUAGAAUUAAGCUCAGAAAUGAUUUUAAAAU